AUGUCGCUCCUCAAUAAUCUGACCAGUUCCGAUCCGAAUGCCGGCAAGGCCACGGCGGCUGAGGGCAUGUCCUUCAACCAGCUGAUGGCCUCGCUGGCUACGGGCAUGGUCUUCUUCGGCAUCUUCUUCUGGACAUUCUACCUCAUGCGUCAGAAGUACCGCCGCAUCUAUGCUCCGACCACUUAUCUUGUGCCCGAACGCCAGCGCUUCGACCCUCCGCCUCACGGCUGGUUUGCCUGGAUCAAGCCUGUGUUCGAAACGAAGCGCAAGCCGUUCGUCGAGAAAUGUGGCCUCGACGCCUACUGUUUCGUGCGCCUCCUCUUCAUGGAAAUCAAGAUAUUCCUGCCACUCAUGGUCGUUGUUCUGCCUGUUGUUAUCCCCCUCAAUGUCUAUGGCAUCGACAAUCCCGGCAACAGCGGUCUCGACGAGUACGGUUGGGGCAAUCUUAGCACCACUCACACCGGCCGUUACACCGGACAUCUCGUUAUGGCUGUCGUCGUCCUGGUCUGGGUUUGCUACGUCUUUUAUACCGAGUUGCUCAACUACAUUCAGGAACGUCAACGCUGGAUGACCUCGCCCUCUCACCGCAUCCGCGCUUCGGCCACGACUGUGCUAGUCAGCAAUAUCCCCGACAAGUGGUGCAAUGUCGACGCCCUCGAUGCCCUGUUCGACGCCUUUCCCGGCGGCAUCCGCAACAUUUGGAUCAACCGCGACUAUGGCGAUCUGCUGGACAAGAAGAACAAGCAGUUGGAAAUUGCCAGGAGGCUGGAAAGUGCAGAGACGGCCUUGAUCCGUAACUGCAAGCGCAAAGCCCUGCAGAUGCGCAAGAGGGAAGAGAAGGUCAAGGGCACCAAGAAGACCCAAGAGCAGAGGGAUGCCGACGACGCACACGACCAACGUACCGCAGAAGCCAUGGCCAACGAUGCUGGUAUCACUGUCAACAGCCCCAACGUUCCUCACGACAUCGAUGAGGAGCUUGACCAAGCCAUGGACACGCACGAAGAUUCCAAAUCCACCAAAUCUGAAAAACGAGGCCGCUUGCCAAUUCCUUUUGGCCAGGGUUUGCAGGCCGUCGGCCGUGGGUUUGGCGCUGUUGGACAUGGUAUUGGUCGCGGCUUCGGCGCCGUCGGUCAUGGUAUGGAGAAGUUCGGUCAGGGAACCGCCGAAGGGGUUGUGAAGGGGUUUGGAAGGGCUCGGUAUGGCAUUGAUAAGAGCUUCGGUGCCGCCAAUCCUGUUGGAUACGUCCCAGAGUUUGAUGGCUCCCAGGAGGAAUUCGCAGACAACGCCACUCAAGGUGGGAAUCUUGGUCCUUCCAAAGACCAUCUCAAACGGCACGGAACGGCGCCGGAGAAGAGUCAUCACGGUAGAAGUCCUCGUCCCAACCGCGACUAUCUCCAUAGGGGAUCCGAUGGAAAGCGCGUCGCCUCGAACGGCUCUCCUUUUACAAAUGGCGCCAUGAAUUCUUCUCCGGAUGUCUCUCGAUCUCGCGUGCGCAAUAACACAGAACCGCCGAUUGAAGAAGAAAAAGACAAGGACGACAGCGAACUCCACCACAUGAACCCUCUGCGCCUGUUCCGGAGAAACAGCGCAUUUCCCAGCCCUGAGCCCUUCCACCGCGAAUCUGACGAAUUCCCGCUCAACCAUUCUAUACCUCAGCUCGACGCAACCGGAGAGGAAUCUCCCGACCCCGCUGCCGGCCACUCCAAAGACAUGGACGAGAUUACCAAAGCCGCCGAGACUGAGGAAGAGAAGCGGCAGAAGGACAAAUACGCAAAGAAGCCUCCGAUCAUUGACUGGGACAAGUAUAGAGCCGAACUCGAAAGGGAAAACGCAAGCGGCGCAUGGACCACGUACCUAACACCGAAACAGCGUGAGACCAUGAGGUUAUCCCUAUUCCCUCGCUGCAACUGGUGGUGGAAGAUUUGGCCAACCUGGUGGUUCUCUUUCGGUGCUAAGGUCGAUGUCAUUGUCUACUGCCGGCUGCAGCUGAUCGAGUUGAACAAGGAAAUCGAAGAAGACGAGAAGAACCUGGACAAAUUUCCUCUCAUGAAUUCGGCCUUCAUUCAGUUCAACCACCAGGUUGCGGCCCAUAUGGCUUGCCAGUCUAUCACGCAUCACAGGCCAAAGAACAUGGGUCCGCGCGUCCUCGAAAUCGAUCCGAAGGAUGUCAUCUGGGAUAACCUCUCCACGCCGUGGUGGACUGCGUAUUUGAAGACGGCCCUCGUCAUUGCUAUUGUCAUUGGCAUUGUCAUUCUUUGGGCCUUCCCCAUGGCCUUCGUCGGUUUGCUGUCCCAAUUGGACAGUAUUGCUGACGCUGUCCACUGGCUCCGCUGGGUUGCCAACCUCCCCAAGUUGGUAAAGUCCCUUGCUCAGGGUGCCCUGCCUCCGGCUCUCCAAGCAGUCCUUCUUCUCGUACUUCCCAUGAUUAUCCGUCUCCUUGUGGAUUUCUCAGGCGUUUCUACAGGCGUCGAAGCCGAGCUAGAGACUCAAGGCUACUGGUUCAUCUUCCUAUUCGUCCAGGUCUUCCUUGUCGUCACCCUCAGUUCCGGCAUCACGAGCACGAUCGAUCAGAUUAUAAACUCGCCAUUGGAUGUACCGCAGAUCCUAGCCGAGAACCUCCCCAAAGGAUCGAACUACUUCUUUUCUUACCUCCUUCUGCAAGCCCUUUAUGGUUCCGCGCAGCAGCUGGUUCAGCUGCCCCAGCUCUUCAUGUGGUUCGUCAUGGGCAAGAUUCUCGAUGACACGGCUCGAGCCAAGUUCAACAGGCAGAAGACACUACCCAAUACCAUGUGGGGUACUCUGUUCCCUGUACAUACGAACUUCUGUUGCAUUGUCAUCAUCUACUCUAUCAUCACUCCGUUCAUGCUCAUUUUCGGAACCUUCGUGGCUGCCCUCUUCUGGGUUGUUUACCGCUACAACUCGUUCUACGUGCUCCGCUGGAGCGUCGACAGCGGCGGUCUCUACUUCCCCCGCGCCGUGAAUCAGAUGUUCACGGGAUUGUAUGUCAUGCAACUGUGCCUCAUCGGCUUGUUCUUCCUGGUCCGUGACCAGAAAGGCAAUGUGGUUUGCGCGCCGCAUGCGAUUGUCAUGAUUGUGACGUUGAUCCUGACGGUCAUCUAUCAAUACAUGCUAAACAAAUCGCUUGGGCCGCUUUUCAAAUUCGUACCCAUCACCAUGGAAGAUGAGGCCCAGGAGCGGCAGGAGGCAUUUGAGGCUGCGCUGGCAAAGAAGUGGGAGGAGCUUGAAGAAGAGGAGCAUGAGAAGCCUGGGGAGAUCAGCAGCACCUCAUUGCGCGAGAAGAGCAGCGCCAUCGAGCUUCAGGACUUGGAAAACCAAAGGCCGCCAACGUCGCGCAAUUUCACAGCCAUCACCAAUGCCUCAACUACGUCGACGGAUAGUCGGCCCAAGCGCCACAGCCGGCAUCACCGCAACACGAUACACCAACACCAGCAGCCGCCGCCGGAUCCGGAAAUCGCCAAGACGCCGCAAACGGCCGGGUACCUCUUCGAGGGGUACCACGAUGAAUUGGAGGAUUUGACGCCAGAUGAGCGCGAUGUGCUCGUGCGAAAGGCGUUCGAACACGCAGCGCUGCGGAUGACGAAGCCAUGUAUCUGGAUUCCGCGCGACGAGUUCGGCAUUUCGGACGACGAGAUCAAGCACACGGCGGCACUCAGUGACACUCUCCCUGACGAGGACUGGGGUAUCUGGAUUACCAACCAGUACACGGCGCUCGAUGCGAAGGCUAGGGUCAUUUUCAGGCGUCCUCCGCCUGACUUCAACUCGGCCGAGGAGUUCAUGCAGCUGUAA